AUGAGGGCCUGUGUCCCCCUGAUAGUGGCCAUGCUCUGUGGCUUGGCCUGGGCUGGUAAAAAGGAAUCGUGUGCAUCUCGCUGUAAUGAGAAGUUUGACCGAGAUGCUGCCUGCCAGUGUGACCGCCGAUGUCCUCGGCAUGGGGACUGCUGUGAAGACUAUGAGAACCUGUGUAUUGCUGAGGAGGACCCCAAGGAAUUGAAGACGUUCCUGGAGCUGGAGGAGGAGACUGAGGAGGCACCAGCUAGCAACCUGUACUCAGCACCCAGCUCCUGCCAGGGCCGCUGCCAUGAAGCCGUUGACAAGCACCACCCAUGCCACUGUGAUGUCCGCUGCCAAGAGUUUGGAAACUGCUGUGAGGAUUUUGAGACCCUGUGUGCCCAUGAGGGCUUCUCCCACAGCAGUGAUGCCAUAACCAACGAGGAGAUUCAGAGCAUCUCUGAGAAGAUCUACAAGGCAGACACCAAUAAGGCCCAGAAGGCAGACAUUGUUCUCAAUAGCCAAAACCGCAUCCCUCCUUCUGAGUCCGGAAACCAAGUGGAUUGCUGCCCAGAGCCGCUCUUCACCUAUGUCAGUGAGAAGCUGUUUUCCAAACCAACCUAUGCUGCCUUUAUCAACCUCCUCAACAACUACCAGCGGGAGACAGGCCAUGGGGAGCACUUCAGUGCCCAGCAGCUGGCUGAGCAGGAUGCCUUCCUCAAGGAGAUCAUGAAGACUGCUGUCAUGGAGGAACUCUAUGACUUCCUCCAUCACCAGAAUCGGUACAGCACAGAGCAAGAGUUUGUCAAUGACUUGAAGAACAUGUGGUUUGGACUCUAUUCAAGAGGCAAUGAAGAGAGAGAUUCAAGUGGCUUUGAACACGUCUUCUCAGGAGAAAUCAAAAAAGGCAAGGUCACUGGCUUCCACAACUGGAUUCGCUUCUACCUGCAAGAGAAGGAGGGCCUGGUUGACUACUACAGUCACAUCUAUGAUGGGCCUUGGGACUCCUACCCUGAUGUAUUGGCGAUGCAGUUCAACUGGGAUGGCUACUAUAAGGAAGUGGGCUCUGCUUUCAUCGGCAGCAGCCCGGAGUUUGAGUUUGCACUCUACUCCCUGUGCUUCAUUGCCAGGCCAGGCAAAAGGUGCCAGGUAAGCCUAGGUGGAUAUCCUCUGGCCAUCCAGACCUACACCUGGGACAAGACCACCUACGGACAUGGCAAGAAGUACAUCGCCACAGCCUAUGUGGUGUCUUCCACUCAGUAGAACUCUGAGCCAGAAAGGGGCAUGAGAGCAGUGAGGGCUCUUGC